AUGGCAACAAAAUUUGAUGGGCAUCGAAACCACCAAAAUAAAUUCCUGUUUAAAACAAAACUUGUGAUAAUGGUAAAUAAGGUUGAUCCCAUAGAGGAGAGUGCACAAGGAAAGCUGACUCAAGUCCAAAAUGUCAAAGAAGAUCUCAGACAUAAGAGUUGGUAUAGUUAUGAUUACUGGUUCAGUUACAAGCACAAGCAUGAACACGAUCGUGACCAUAAACAUGACGAUGAGCGCAAGCAUAAUCGUGACCAUAAUCACAAAUAUGAUUAUGAUUACAAGCAUGAUCACAAACGUUACUACGACCACGAUCAUAAGCAUGAUCGUGACUAUAAGUAUGAUCGCGAUUAUAACCGCAAACAUGAUAACAAUCAUAAUGACCGCAGACACAAACAUGACCACAAGCAUGAUCGUGACUAUGAUCACAAACAUGACCGUGACCAUAAUCGCAAGCAUGACUACAAGCAUGGAUAUUAA